AUAAGCAACGCAUUGUCACAUUUAUUGUUUUGCGCGUAAAAUAUUCUUUGACUAACACACGUUCCAUAUUAAGGGUAUCAAAACGAGAAUAAGGAUGAGAGAAAUUUUACAUCUUCAGGCUGGACAAUGUGGCAACCAGAUCGGUGCUAAGUUCUGGGAGGUCCUCUCAGACGAGCAUGGAAUUGACCCCGUCGGUUCAUACCAAGGAGACUCUGACCUUCAACUUGAGAGAAUCAAUGUCUACUAUAACGAAGGCACUGGGGGCAAAUAUGUUCCGCGCGCUGUCCUUGUUGAUCUUGAGCCUGGAACCAUGGACUCUGUGAGGUCUGGACCAUUUGGCGGGCUCUUCAGACCAGAUAACUUUGUCUUCGGACAGAGUGGAGCUGGAAACAACUGGGCCAAAGGUCACUACACCGAGGGAGCCGAGCUGGUCGACACUGUUCUUGAUGUAGUCAGGAAAGAAGCCGAAAGCUGUGAUUGCCUUCAGGGAUUUCAACUCACACACUCCCUUGGUGGUGGUACCGGCUCUGGUAUGGGAACACUGCUCAUCAGCAAGAUCCGUGAAGAGUAUCCUGACAGAGUCAUGACCAUUUUCUCUUUUGUUCUUCCCCAAAAGGCGAAGGUUUUUCUUACUUUGGUUACGGUGAAGGAGGGAGAAGGGAUUUACGAGGCAGAAUCUAACAUGAACGAUUGA